AAUGUAAUUUUAUAUAGUUUUAUUAUGUAGAGAAUUGUGAAUUGAUCUCAUAUUUCCCACGCAGUUGUAUAUAUCAUGCUAUUAUGGGGCGUCCUCGUUAACUGCCUCCCCUACUUUUCAGUUGCCAAAUCUGUUGAACAUUCCCAACUUCCUCUCGAACACACACCGCAAGAGCAAGAACACCAAGAAAGAUCAAAACUUCUGUCUCUUCCAUUGCGAAAUUCGCGAUCAACAACACCAAGAACAGGAGAAGAGAUUGCAAAUUUGAUCGUCUUGUCUUGGCUCUCCCAAUUGAGUUCUUGAUUGGAUUGCCAUUUGAUAAUUUGAGCGUUCUUGGUUGUGAAUUGCCAUUUGAUUCUUGAUCGAUCGAAUGGGGCAGCAGAGGCAGGCGGCGGCGGAUCAGGCCGGGCGGGCGGCGGGCGGCGCGUGCGUGUGGGCGGUGGCGGCGGCGCUCUUCCUCGCCGUGCUCGCCGGCGGCGGGUGCCUGGUGUUCUACCUGGCGCUGCCGCCGGCGGAGGUGCCGGAAUGGCUGCCCGUCGCCGGCCUCUCGCUCGUCGCGCUCCCGUGGGCGUUCUGGAUCGCCACGUGCGCGUACCGGCUCUGCUGCUGCUGCUUCUCGUCGUCGUCGGCGCCGGAGAAGGCGAACGCGGCGGCGGCGGCGGCGGGGCACGUGGAGCGGCAGCCGUCGUCGGCGGCGGUGGCGCCGCUGCCGAGCAGCACGAACCUCAAGAGCGCGGUGAGGUCGGCCAUGGGGUCUUACAGCCACAGCGGCACGCGGCGGGUGCACUUCGGGGACUCCACCGUGCUCGGCGAGAAGGCCGCCGGCGCCGGCGGCGGCGAGCCCGCCGUGGUGGAGGAGGUGGAGGAGGAGGAGGAGAAGGAGUGCUCGUCGGCGACGUCGUCGCAUGAGAGCGAGGCGCCGAUCGCCCAAUCCAUGCACUCAUCAUGAUGAACUGACUUGAUUGAUUAUUCAUGUACAUACAGUAUGGAAGGUUGUGUUCGGAUGAUGAUAGGAAAUGCAAGUGAUCCCAUGAGGAAAAUCAAUUGGGGCCAAUCAACGAGUACAAGCUGAUCGGGAGUAGAAUUAAUCAUGCAUGGUGUAGCCUGGUUGUUAGAGUAGAUAUGUCAUGACUCAUGAAGAGAUUAACCAACAGACUGAGUUCUGCAAGAUUGGUGUUUGUUUAGUGUAGGCAUACCUUUCAUGGAUGGACAAUGUACUCAUGGAGCCAUGGAGUAUGAUUCUAGAUUAACCUUAAAAUGGUACUGUACCCCUAGCUGUUAUUAUGAGAUUGUGCAGCAGUAGGUAAGCAAAUGGUUUGUUUUCUCAGUCUGUAGGCAAUGUAUUCCCUUUCAACAUAUUUCAUUGAUUUGCCUCCAUCAGGAGAAUCUA